AUGGUGGUGCUGCACGUCAAGCGCGGGGAAGACUCGCAAUUUCUGUAUCAAACGACCACGGCCAUCGAGAUGGACCAACUUCUGCAGGAGCUGGCACAGGUCUACAAUGACCGCCUCCGCAUUGAUCGCCUCUGCAUGGCUAUGGAUCAACUGGCAACCCACGGCAUUGCCAAGACCCCUCAGAUGGUUGGCCUGACGGACGAGCAGAUUGCCGAGCUGGGCCACAAGGAUGAGUCGGACAAGUACUACCCCUCUGGGGGCUCACAGUUUGUCAAGGAUGACAUUGGCUACCGCACGGGGCAUGCUCCACAACCGCCCAUGCAAGAGGUGCUCCGCAAGACCAUUGCCGAAGCCAAAGCCGCCAUUCACAAGGACCUGACGAAGCAAAACAAAGCUUUGAGUCAAGAGACCAUUCAGGACGUGUUUGAUAAGCUUCGCGGCGCAACCAUGAUUGUAUAUCCCAUGGGUCUUCCGGCCUAUGAUGAUGUUCAAAUCAUCCUUGAUGAUGCUGAGGAUUUGGGUGGCAAGCAAGCUGCCAAACAGGUCAUUCCACCGGCCGAGUUUCAGCUGUGGUGGGCCGGCAAGGAAUUGCAGCGAGGCAAGAAACUCAGCGAUUUUAUUGGCCGCAACGAAAAGACCAAGAUCAUCUGCAAAGCUCAAAAAAAGGGGGCGGGGCAGCCGACACGCGAGCCCGUGUACGACGAGGAGACGCAAAAGAAGAUGAUGGCCUACGCUUAUAAAAAGCAAGAGGAGUGGAAGCAGCUGGAGAAGGCAGAUGAAGAUGCCUAUCUCAACGCCGAAUGGGCUUCGUCCAACCAGCUCAAGUCUCAGCUUCACGGCACAUCUGGCAUUCGCUGGAAGUAG